AUGGCCUACGUGUGCGUCCACCAUUACCUACCCAAAGACCGUCAGAAGAAACGCAAGAAACUGCUCCGACAAACAUAUGAAGACCCGUUCUCAUCUAAAACACUGUGCAUGAGCUCAUUUCGCAAUGAGCCAAUUGCUGAUUUGGGAUGGUUGCUGAAGAAAUCUGAAAGCGAUGUGACAAAAGAGCGAAAGCAAGUGCAGUCGACUCUCGAGAGCAAAGCGCCAAAGAAACAUGAGGCAGGCAAAAAAGUACUUUUGAUUUGUUUUUCCCGUUCACCGAUGGCCUACGUGUGCGUCCAUCAUUACCUACCAAAAGACCGUCAGAAGAAACGCAAGAAACUGCUCCGACAAACAUAUGAAGACCCAUUCUCAUCUAAAACACUGUGCAUGAGCUCAUUUCGCAAUGAGCCAAUUGCUGAUUUGGGAUGGUUGUUGAAGAAAUCUGAAAGCGAUGUGACAAAAGAGCGAAAGGAAGUACAGUCGAUUCACGAGAGCAAAACGCCAAAGAAACAGACAGGCAAAAAAGUACUUUUGAUUUGA